AGACGUUCGUCGGUCUGAUUGGCCAAUUUAACAAUAAACAGGUGCCUAAGCCCCGUCAGUCAACCACAGGUCGAGCGCGAACAGCGACAAGUUAUGAAAACUUUUUGAGUGUAAAAAAGGAUUUAUUAAAAAAGCAAUAUGUUACGUCUACUUGUACUGGCCGCUACGGCCAUCGUCGUGAAAUCUCAAGAAGAAGCAAUGAAAAACUUAACUACUGUUACGUGGGCUCACGCCGUCAAUAACAAAACGUAUCUUGACACCGUUUUAGCAUCCAAGGUAUGCAUGCUGGAGGCCGACAUCUCUCUUGGCCAGGUGGUCGGGAAGGAGGGACCCCCGAUCCCCAUCAUGGCGCAUCCCCCAGCCACCACCUCCGACAUCAGCCUCGCUGAGUUCCUGGAGGCCAUCGCCAAACACAACGAGAAGGGAGUGGAUGUGAAGGGUGUCAAACUGGACUUCAAGAGUAUAGAGGCUUUUGAACAAAGUCAGGAGCUGAUCGCUAAGUAUAAGGCAUCCCAAAUCUGGUUGAACGCCGACAUCUUACCCGGCCCAGUGGACGCCACUACAAAGGCGGUGGACGCCGAGAAGUUCCUGAAGCUUGGCUCCAAGCACUCCUGCGCAGUCCUGUCCAUCGGCUGGACCACCAAGUACGGCGGGAACAUCACGGAGGGCGAGUACACCAGUGAGCAGAUCGGGACCAUGCUGAGGAUGAUCAAUGAGAAUCAUAUUAAUCAGACUAUCACUUUCCCAGUGCGCGCAGGUCUCGCCGCUAACAGCCAACCAGUCCUACUAGACCUGCUCCGGGAGACUUCGUCCCUCAACUCCACUAUGACAGUCUGGUCCAGCGAGGGAGACCACGUCGAGGUGGACCGUCUCCGGGCCCUGAUCCUCACUGUGGGCUUGGAGAAGACGUAUCUGGACGUGCCCGAGGAGCUGGCGGCCAGACUCCACCUGCCCCCGCCUGAUACGAAGACCAAGCACUAAGUUAAUCAUGUAUAUCUUUAGUCAAUAUACGGUCAUUCAUUUAA